UACUGUGGUAGUUGUCACCUGUAUGCCUGUUGUAACGUGCGGUGGGCCUGCGGUACCUGCGGGGUUUUCAACGUCGCGCUUGGUGGCACGCGAUGGUAGUUUGUACGUACUGCAGCGUAAAAUUCGCCAGCAGUGGCAGCUUAAACAGACACGUCCUCAAUGUUCACAAGAUUCAAGCCAGCAGCCCAAAACGUGAAUGUGACGAGUGCAGCGAAAAGUUUUUCACUGUCAAACGGCUUAUAUUACACCACACCAGGAAGCACAAUUUCCAGCCGGUGUACCAUCGGUAUCAAUUUCCCACAGUGACAGCUUUCAAGUUGUGGAAAGACAAAGUGGAGAAAGAUACCGGGAUCCGCUAUAUCGUCACAACAAGUGCAAGAAAAGGAAACCCAGAGGGAAAAAGGACAGCAUACUUCGCCUGCCAUCGUUCUGGAAAGCAUACCCCACGAGGUACAAGAAAACACCCACCAAGCCUGAAGUGUGGCAGAAGGUGUUUUGCUGCGAUGACUGUCACUAGUACCGGCGCAGGGGUAAAUGUGCUUUUCCAAAGCAAGCACAGGGGCCACGACCUUGAACUACAUCCUGGUCAGUUGAAGACUAAAAGAGGACCGGCUAUUCUGCUGGAGGUCAUGUCGUCGGAUCCUGUCCUGGAUGACGUAGGACUAAACGUGGAGGUCACUUCUCAGUGCCAAGGCACGACGGAUGAUCGCAAGCGCCUCUACGUCAAUGAUCACGUUAGCGUUCAGCUGUGGGUGGAGCGGAUGCACACGAGGAGGGACAACCCAGUUCUCUUUUUCAAGCAUCGAGGCCAGCCAGACAGACCCGACAUUCUCGACCGGCUACCCGAAAACCUGCUCAAAGAGCAGGAUUUCAUGUUGGCCAUAAUGACGGCACCCCAGCUAGAGCUGCUUAGGACGCUCGGCACCAACCGUGUCUGUGUGGAUAGCACCCGUGGAACAACAGCCUUCAACUAUCAGCUCGUCACAGUCCUCUGCGUGGAUGAAUUUGGUGCCGGCUUUCCAGUCGCAUAUUGCAUCUCCAACCGCACUGACGAGAAGGCCAUGGCAACAUUUUUUGCAUCAGUCAGAUCCAAAACUGGGCAAAUACCAGCGGACAUUUUCAUUACACACGAUGGUCUCUCAUUCUACAAUGCCUGGAGCGAGGUGAUGGGACGUCCAAAACAUCGACUGUUGUGCACGUGGCACGUGAGAAAAAACUGGCGAGACACUGUCAACAAGCACAUUCAGAACAAAAAGCUCAAGGCCUCCGUCUACAGGGAAUUCCAAAAAGUCAUGGACACCCCAGACUCGGCAGCAUUCCAGCUUUUCCUUGACAACUUCUUGGUCUGGUGCGAUUUGAAAGCAGAAACACAGCCCGCCAUGCUUAAUGUCAAAUAUUGUGUAGAAAAUAACUAUGCAUACCACAGACAUGCUUGGGCAGCUUACUUCCGUAGGACGGCUGGAGCCGACGCAAGCAUGAGGCACGACGCAGUGCACAAGGUGUUAAUGUUCUGCUACUUGCACAAGACGACCAACAAGCGAAUCGACAGAUUAAUCUCGGUGCUGUUAAAGCUGACGAGGAGCAAAAUUUUUGCUCUUGUCCCUAGAUUAAUCAGAAGAACCGAGGACAGGUUUGAGCGGGACACAAGAAUCAGACAUGAAAGAGGGCAAGGCAUCUCUGGCAGGGACAUUCACAAAGUUGCCCUCAACCAAUGGUGCGUUCGCUCCCAAGCAAGCUAUGGUCUGGAGUACAUUGUGACAGAAUGGGCCCCAUGCAAAAAAUUCUGCGUACAUGCCUGCGCCGAGUGCCGGGUGUGCAUCCACACCGCAACCUGCACAUGCCCGGACCACGAGUCACGGGGGACUCUUUGCAAGCACAUUCAUGCCGUAUUUAAGCCUGCUGACAGUGACGCAAGCCAUCUGAGUGAUCACAGUGACGUGGACGACAUCAUGAGUAUGGUACCUGCCUACGAGGACUGGGACGACGAGGAAAGAAUUGAAGACAUUGAAGAGCUAGACGAGGAAGAAUGCACUGAUGACCGUGACUGCGUGACAAUGCUUCAAGCAAUAUUAGACCGCCUGGAAACACCAGAGGUACAAGACCAAGCUAGACCUUGGCUUAGGCCAGCACUUGCCAAGAUUCUGGCAAAGUUGGAGAGAAUUUCAUCACCUUCAUCAGACACUUCAGGAAGAAGCUCACCGCCAUCAAGCAACGCAUCGACCAAUGCAUCAAGUAACGAAAGUGACGAGCAGCACUUUUACUCAACCGAACGUAAAACUCUCGACACGUGCCAACAAACAGGACAGCCAUGUUUGCCUGAGCAGGAUGCCAUGAGUGAUAGUCAGUCGGAUCCUGAUGAACAAGUACACCAUAGAGGUUUUGAUCACAGUUACUGCAAGUACGGUGCUUGCAGCAGCAUGACCAUGCAGUAGCUGAAAUCAAAUCUACAAGUCCUAAAUUAUUAUUUUAGUUAUGACAGUACCUGUGGUUUCAUAAAGUACAACUAUUUAUUUAUUAGAAUCCACUGCACGUCAUUUUACCUUUCUCUCAUGUGCCAUGAUCACAACUUUUAUCUUUACUUUUCCUUUUGGUUUGAAAACGCAACUAGCUUGGUGCUUUCUGGCAUUUUGUUGGUUGGUAUUGUACAACUGUCGGUAUAGAAAACUUGCCAUUUGA